AUGAUUGAGAUGCUAGAUGCUGCUACUGAGGAUGCUCUAGAACGUGGUAGCUGGAGUGAUUCUCUUUCCUUAUUGCCCUCAUCUUUUACACCUCAAGAUGCAUCUAAAAUGUUGUUCCUCUGUCAAUCUGUACAAUUGGCUCUUAAGUCUAACAAAGCACAUAUAUUUGGGGACUUCUAUGUAUUGAGCAGCAGCUUUAUGAAGGACAUUUGCAAUUGUCCGGUGAAAGAAUUAGAGACAUUAGCUGUUUCAAGGUCUUUGGGCACUGUAAAACCUGGUGAUUUACCAAUAGCCAAUGAAGUAAAAGCAGGGUAUGAUUCAAGCAGGUUGAGUGUGUCCAGUGAAAUGGCAAGUGACAGUGGCUCCAACAAGCAUGCUGAUAAAGGGCCAAAGAAGAAAAAGGGGAAAGCCACUGGAAAUGCAUUAGCAAAUCAAUCUGAAAGUGGUGCUGAUAACCAAGAGCAUACUUCUACCAAAUCUAAGAAAAGCCAGAGAAAGGGUAAGGAUACAUCUUCACAAACAUCAGAUUCAAAGCAAGGCUCUAGGAAAGAAUCACUUAAAAUGAAAGAGGAUAAUCUCAGUAGUCCCUCAGAAGAAUGGAUCAUGGAGAAGAUUACAGCCUUGGUUCCUGAUUUUGAAGAACAAGGUAUUGAUGAUCCUGAAACAAUUCUUAGGCCUUUGGCUAACAAGUUAAGGCCCACAAUAAUCAAUACUUGGAUGGAGAAAAGGAAGACAUUGUUUAAAGACAAUGCAGAAAGAAUGAAACAAUUGCUUGAUAAUUUGCAGAAAAAACUCGAUGAGUCUUUCUUAAACAUGCAACUGUAUGAAAAAGCCUUAGAAUUGUUUGAAGAUGAUCAAUCAAUUUCUGUUGUUUUGCAUAGGCAUUUACUAAGGACAGUAGCAGCUCCUAUGGUUGACAUGCUUCUUCAUGACUUGGAUGAGCAGAACAAAUUAAAGAACGGAGUAGAAGUGCAGGAAUCUCCAAAUUCUGAGUCUAUUUCGUUUAGUCCUGGAGAUAGAGCUGCAAUUUCCAAGAGUUUUCCAGGAGCUCUUUCAAAUAAGGCUCUUGCUGUUGUAGAAGCAUUGGAAGGAAAGAGGGUGGAAACAUUCAUGUCUUCAUUCAGAGCUGUGACAGAAGAGAGCGGGCUGCCUUUGAAAAAGCUAGACAAGAAACUAGAAAGGACACUUCUACAUUCAUAUCGUAAGGAAUUGACAUUUCAAGUUUCGGCUGAGACUGACCCUGUAUCACUUCUGCCGAAAGUCGUGUCUUUACUCUAUGUCCAGGUUUACCAUAAAGCUCUACAAGCCCCUGGAAGGGCCAUUUCUGUUGCUAUUUCUCAAUUGAUGGAUAAGCUUGACGAGACAGCUUGCAAGAUUAUAGCUGAUUAUCAAGCUGCUGCCGUUACUCUUUUGACACUAUCAGCUACUCCUGAUGACGAAGACAGUUGUGCAUCGAAUAUAAUUAGAGAGAUUCUGGAGAGCCAAAUGUCUGCUCUCAAAAGUUUGGUUUCGGGUGCCUCACGGUCAUAA